ACACACACACACACACACACGCGCGCCUCUCUCUGCUCGAGCUCAUUUCCAGUGCGGUACGAAGAUGAGGCGGACGCUCGCGCUCCUCUCCAGAUCGGGAUAAACACGUGUUUUGUUGGUGUUUUUAUUUUAUUUGUAUUACUUUUUGUCAAUGCAUUUGAAUCCCACUAGCCUCUGAGAGUGAAAUUGAACAACAUGGCAUCCGGUAGUGUCGCGCUGCACUUGUGUUUGUUUGUGCUGCUGUUACACGGCGAGAGGAAAAGCGCUGCGCUGCUCCGGGACGCCGAUGUGGAUCAGUGCUCUGAGGGAAGCGAUGCCUGUCACAUUGACGCCAUUUGUCAAAACACGCAGACUUCCUACAAGUGCACGUGCAAAUCCGGCUUUAAAGGAGACGGGAGUCAUUGUGAAGACAUUGAUGAAUGCGAUUCGGAAUUCAACGGUGGCUGCGUACACGAGUGUAACAACAUCCCGGGAAAUUACCGCUGCACCUGUUACGAUGGAUUUCAUUUGGCACACGAUGGACACAACUGCCUCGACGUGGACGAGUGUCUUUUCAACAAUGGCGGCUGUCAGCAUGUGUGUGUCAACACCAUGGGGAGUUACGAGUGCCGCUGCAAGCACGGAUUCUUCCUGAGUGACAAUCAGCACACAUGCAUCCAUCGCUCAUUGGAAGGUCUGAGCUGCAUGAACAAAGAGCACGGCUGCGCCCACAUCUGCAGAGAGACACCCAAAGGUGGAGUUUCGUGUGAGUGCCGUCCAGGGUUCGAGCUCGCUAAGAACCAGCGUGGUUGCAUCUUGACCUGUAUCCACGGUAAUGGAGGGUGUCACCAUGUGUGUGAGGACACAGAACUCGGGCCGGUGUGCAGGUGUCACGCCAGGUACACGCUUCAGUCCGACGGUCGCUCAUGUGUAGAAAGAGAUGACGUGUCCACCGCAGCUGACCAUAAUGCCACGUCCCUCGCCGAGGUGGACAAACGCGUCAAGCGCAGACUCCUGAUGGAGACCUGUGCUGUAAAUAACGGCGGCUGUGACAGUAUGUGUAAGGACACAUCCACUGGCGUUCGCUGCAGCUGCCCCGUGGGUUUUACUCUCCAACCAGACGGAAAGAGCUGCGAAGAUAUCGACGAGUGCAAGUUUCACAACGGAGGCUGUGACCACUUCUGUAGGAACACCAUUGGCAGCUUCGAGUGUAACUGCCGCAAAGGCUUCAAACUGCUGACGGAUGAGCGCUCCUGCCAGGAUAUUGACGAGUGCUUCUUUGAGAGGACGUGUGACCAGACUUGCGUGAACUCCCCUGGAAGCUUUGAGUGUGUGUGUAAUAAGGGAUACACGCUCUACGGGCUUACACACUGCGGAGACAUUAAUGAGUGCAGCAUGAACAACGGAGGCUGUGGACACAUCUGUGAAAACACCAUGGGAGGAUUUCAGUGUCACUGCAGGGCAGGAUACAGACUGCACUGGAACAAGAAGGACUGCAUCGAAUCCGGUGGUUCUUCAGUGUCGUUAGUUUCGGUGAGACCGACACUGAACUGCAGUAAACAUGGAGGAGCUGAACACUGCUUCCUCACCUGUCAGUCUCAAGUGAACAUCAGCAGCGGCGCUGAGGAUUCUUACACCGUGACCUGUGGUCUGCCGCUGCCUGGAUCAUCUGGAGGAGGACAGCGGGGCGACUGUAGGCCUCACUACUCAGACUCUUCUUGCACUCACAGGAUCAAAACCACAGCCACGUUUAAAUGGGGUCAGGGAAAAUGCAGUCUGAAAAGAAGUCCGGAAAAACUCACAGAGAGCUUCGGCAUGGUGCUGUCAGAUAAAAAGGCCUUGGCUACGGAGAACAUGCAGUUCAGCUUUGUGAGGCUUCACUGUAACUCCUCAAGUCAGCGGCAGAGGAAUCGUCACGGCCGUAAAGCGAUGGAGGACGAGAGCUCAUCCAUUACGGCCCUGUUUGAGCUUGAUGUCAACCCAGAGGAGGUAACAGAGGGUUGUGAUAUGGCCUGUGUGAAGCGGCGUUCAGAAAAACGUCUGAAGAAGACCAUCCGAACUCUUCGCAAGUCCAUUAACAGAGAGCAGUUCCACCUGCACUUCGGCAGCUCGGAGUAUGAACUCACUAAGAAAGUGGCGCGGCCUGCAGACGGGCCUGAACCCUGCGGCCCUGGACAAGUGAUGCGUGACCGGAAGUGUGUGAACUGUGGCGUCGGAUCGUACCACGACAGUGAGCAGAGGAAAUGUGUCUCCUGUCCUGCUGGAACAUACCAAGAUGAGGAAGGACAGUUGAUGUGUGAGAUGUGUCCAGGGCCGAGAGGCAGAGCGACCACGAGAACCAGUGGAGCCCGGAGCGUCGCAGAGUGUGGAGGUCAGUGCUCUCCUGGACACUUCUCUCAUGGUGGCUUCCUUCCGUGCCGUCCGUGUCCCAGAGGCUCGUACCAGCCGGAGAUAGGACGCACUUCCUGUCUGCCUUGUGGUGGGAAUCUGGUGACAAGGCAUGAGGGUGCUGUCUCCUUUCAGGCCUGUGAGACAAAAGUGCAGUGUUCUCCUGGGCAUUACUACAACACCAGCACUCACCGCUGCAUCCGCUGUCCACUGGGAUCCUACCAGGUGGAAUUUGGACAGAACUUCUGCGUGUCCUGUCCAGGAAACACCACCACAGACUUUGACGGAUCCACCAGCAUCACUCAGUGCAAAAACAGGCACUGUGGAGGAGAACUAGGAGAUUAUACAGGAUUCAUCGAGUCGCCCAACUACCCCGGCGAUUAUCCGGCUAACGUGGAGUGUACGUGGAUCAUCAAUCCUCCACCCAAGCGCAGGAUCCUCAUCGUUGUCCCGGAGAUUUUUCUCCCCAUGGAGGACGAGUGUGGAGAUUAUUUAGUCAUGCGUAAGAGCCCUCUACCGAACUCAGUGACAACAUACGAGACGUGUCAAACGUACGAGCGGCCAAUUGCCUUCACCUCACGCUCGAAGAAGCUGUGGAUCCAGUUCAGGUCUAAUGAAGGGAACAGCGGCAAAGGUUUUCAGGUUCCCUACGUAACGUAUGACGAGGACUACCAGGAGCUGAUAGAGGACAUUGUAAGGGACGGGAGAUUGUACGCCUCUGAAAAUCAUCAGGAAAUUUUAAAGGACAAGAAGCUCAUGAAGUGUCUGUUUGAUGUUCUCGCUCAUCCACAAAACUUUUUUAACUACACUGCUCAGGAGUCAAGAGAAAUGUUCCCCAAAUCUUUCAUUCGGUUUCUGCGCUCCAAAGUUCUGCGGUUUUUACGUCCUUAGAAAUAAUAAGUGGAGGACUUUCCAUGGAAUGUGGCACUCAAAUCUGAUAAUUCAUACUGGAUAAAUAUCCAUAUUUUCUUGAAUCUUAGCGGUUUGAGGACUUUGUGUGUGAACGAAGACGAGAACGCAGCUCCACGAUGGCUGAGAAAGAGCGAUUGGUGUCCCAAGAAAAUUUUGCUACGAAUGAAUUAAAAGCUGAAUCUUUUUUCAAGAAUACAGGAGUUAAAAACCUCAGUGUGAUGAGGUCAAUACAAUUCUUUUCCAUUCUUACAUUCAGAGCUCAGGGUCAAACCAUUUGGGAGAAAAUGUAACUCCAUCCUCAUGCUAGUGUGGAGAAAUAAAACAAAAAAAAAACAACAAAAAAAAGAUUGUUGCUGUUGUAAUUAUGGUACAUGUCAUUUUAUUUGUAUCCUUUAAAGCACUCCUCUGGGCAUAGUUGCAGGAAAAGCAGUUAAUUCUGUUGUAUAUUAUGUAAAAAAAACUUCAUUUAAACUUUCAUGAUAUUGUAUUUUUUGAAAAGCAUCCUUGAGAACAACACCAGACAUGUAAUAAAGGUAUUUAGGUAUGCAGAAAUUAUUUUCUCCAGAAAGUUCAGUAAUGUGUCACUAGGAAAUACGAUAUGCAGCUAAUGCUGAGCGCUAAGUUCUGGGAAUUCAUCUCAUGUUUCAUUUCAUUGCAGGGCUACGAGAUCUGACGUACUCAUUAAAUGUUAUAGAGAGUAAAUUAAUGUUUAUAUUUUUAUGUUUGUACAUCUAACAUGUAAAUAAAAAGAAACGAAAGUAA